GUGCCCGGUGUGUUUGGGGACAGAGCAGCUGCUCCGGUGCCCGGCUGAUGCAUGGAUUCCUGCGCCCCCCUCGGCUGCCCCCUGGCCUGACCCUCUGCCCCCGGCGGCCCGUUCUGUAGACGCUUCCCGGGUUGGAUGUUUCAUGCCACCGGUGCCCCUGGAGCCAUGCAUACGGUGCAGAAAGACACCACCUUCACCAAGAUCUUCGUAGGGGGGCUUCCCUACCACACCACGGACUCUUCGCUCAGGAAAUACUUCGAGGUUUUCGGGGACAUCGAGGAGGCCGUGGUCAUCACCGACAGACAGACCAGCAAGUCCCGUGGCUACGGCUUUGUGACCAUGUCAGACAGAGCAGCGGCCGAGAGAGCCUGCAAGGACCCGAACCCUAUUAUCGAUGGUCGGAAAGCCAACGUCAACCUCGCUUACUUGGGAGCCAAGCCGAGGAACCUCCAGAGUGCAGGUUUCACCAUUGGGGUCCAGCAGUUACACCCGGCCUUCCUCCAAAGACCGUACGGGUUGGCGCCGCAGUACAUUUACCCCCCCGCCCUCAUCCAGCCAAGCGUCGUCAUCCCGACGGCCCUUCCGUCUCUCCCGUCUCAGUACAUCGACUACAGCGCUGCUUCCCCGGCGUACACGCACUACACCUCCGCGUCCUACGAACAGUAUCCCUACGCCCCGUCCCCUGCCGCCGGCUACGUGGGCUACAGCUUCACAAACGCGGCCCAGCAACCGAUGUCUGCGAGCACCACGGGGGCCGCACCGACCGCGUACAUUCAGUACCAACCUCAGCAACUCCAGCCGGAUCGGAUGCCGUGAAACCAGAUGCCGGUAACGCGGAGAAAAA